AUGGCCAGCGUAAGCCAGGAUGCAGAGCCCGCGGCCGCCGGCCAUGCGACUCCAGCGCCACCAACGAGCACAGCAGCGGCUGAAACCACGGCGGCGGUUGCUGUACUAGAAGUCGACGACUUUGGCCUGCCGAUCAAGAAGUACAUAACGCCGGUGGCAGAGCCCGCAGACUCGGAUGCCCAGGAUGCGACAGACGAUGCGAAUACGGGCAGCGAGACCCGGAAUGGGACACACGAAGCUCAAGCAAACGACGAAGAGGCAAAGGAAGCUGCUGAUAAUAAGAGCGGACACACGUCAGGCGGCGAUACUGUAGAUGCCGAACCCAAAGAUGCCGAAGAAGCGAGAGCUGCGGCCACUUCGCCCAUACAACGGGAGACCACGACAGAGACAGUCCAUAAGGAACCCUCGAGUCCAUCGAUAGAUGCUUGGAAAUCGGACCCUGUUUCACCAUCUCCAGCAAAGGAUGCUCCAGCAGCUGCAGUACCUUCUACACCAAAGACCCCCAACAACACCACCGGAUGGGGCGACAAGUAUGCCCAGGCAAAAUCGCCCGAGGGAUCAAACCAGACACACAGACGAGACAUAAGCUUCUCGAGUCCCGCUAAUGGAAAGGGUAUCUCGGAAUACUCUCAUCAGCACGUUUUGAUGCAACCAGAAGAACAUGGUGACAAGCCGAAAGAGGACGAUGAUGGCGGCUGGCAGGAGAUGCCAUCCUAUGCCAGGUAUGACAUGUAUGACGACGACGACCGGUUAAUUGCUCGAGAGCAUGAUGCAGAUGAGGACGAAACUUAUGGCUAUGCGGGGCUCGGAGGCGCUGGCAAGGGAUAUACACGCGUUAUCAUGGAUGAAGAUGCCGAGUCGGCAACGAGCAUGGACGAACACACACAGUACUUAUUCAAGGACCCUAAGGGCACGAGCAUGGGCGAAGAUGACGAGGCUAGAGACGCCGUGUCCCAGAUGCAGGCUACAAAAGACCUUCUCACCGAAGGCCAGAGGAUUGCAUACGUUGGUGUUGUUCGCCUGGAAAUUGUAAACCUAGUGAAAGAAGCCGAGCUGGAAAUCACAAGAGGUGCCAAAAGGCAGGUCGUCAUGGGCGCCGAAGCAGUCAAGAUGUGGGGUCAAAAGAUGAUGAUUCGGCUCUACGCUCACAUGGACAUUAGUGAUGCGGAGCAAAUCAUGAUUGAGCAGCUUGCCGCCCACGGCGUCAUGGCUCAAGACCUCACACCUGCUCUGCUCGCCAACUCUCGAGUUUCAAACCCCAUGGCUGAAGAGAAGAGCGUCGGGUCACCCGGGACACCGAAGUCUGGCCGCUACCCGCCGUCAUACACAGAGGAAGAUGAGAAGCCUGCUGAGAUGCCGCCACCGUAUGAAACGCAUAUUGGUGAGGAAUUGCCAGAGGUUAAGACGCCGUCACAGAUGCCGACAACAGAGAAAAUCGACAUUGACCUGCGAUGGACCAUUCUCUGUGAUUUAUUCUUGAUACUCAUUGCAGACUCAAUAUAUGAUGCGCGGUCAAGAACCUUGCUUGAGCGGGUCGCCAAGAGCUUGGACAUCUCAUGGAUCGACAUUUGCAAGUUUGAAAAGAGAGUGACGGAUGCGCUGGAGAUACAGCAGGCAGCUGAAAAGGAAAACUGGAACGAAGAAGAGCACAUGGAGCACCGGAGAAAGAUGGCCCUGAAGAAGAGAUAUAUCAUGAUGGGCCUGGCCACCGUGGGAGGCGGUCUUGUUAUUGGUCUCUCGGCCGGUCUACUUGCCCCUGUCAUUGGAGCUGGCUUGGCAGCCGGCUUUACAACUAUCGGAGUCACAGGUACAAGUAGUUUUCUGGCUGGAGCAGGAGGAGCAGCCAUCAUCACGUCUAGCGCAGCGGCCUCAGGAGGGAUCAUUGGUGGCAGGGCAGCCGGUCGCCGAACCGGCGCUGUCAAGACCUUUGAGUAUCGGCCGCUACACAACAACAAACGUGUCAAUCUUAUUGUCACGGUGUCGGGCUGGCUGACGGGAAAAGUCGAUGACGUCCGCUUACCGUUCAGUACGGUUGAUCCUAUAAUGGGUGAUAUGUAUUCGGUAUUGUGGGAACCAGAAAUGCUUCGUAGUAUGGGCGAUACUAUUAACAUUCUGGCUACUGAGGCACUUACUCAAGGUCUGCAGCAAGUCCUGGGCAGCACAAUUCUUGUCAGUUUGAUGGCAGCUAUCCAGCUUCCUGUGGUUUUGACUAAACUCUCCUACCUCAUUGACAACCCCUGGGCAGUAUCCCUGGACCGUGCAACAGCCGCAGGUCUUAUUCUGGCCGAUUCGCUGAUAGAACGAAGCUUGGGCACACGACCCAUUACUCUUGUCGGAUAUUCACUUGGUGCUCGCGUCAUCUUCUCCUGUUUGAGAGAGCUUGCGAGAAAGGGCGCAUAUGGACUUGUCCAAAAUGUGUACAUCUUUGGAUCACCAAUCGUGGUGAGCAAGGAUGAAUUCCUCAAGGCACGAUCAGUGGUUUCAGGCCGCUUUGUAAGCGGGUAUAACCGCAGUGACUGGAUUCUCGGCUACCUCUUCCGGUUGACAAAUGGAGGCAUCAGGAAAGUCGCCGGACUGGGUCCCCUGACCGACUGCCCGUGGAUUGAAAGCAUUGACGUGACAGACCUCGUGGCCGGCCACAUGGAGUAUCGUAAGGCCAUGCCAUCUCUUCUCAUCAGAUGCGGGUGGCUCGUUAGCAGCGAGGAGUUUUCGGAAAUUGAAGACCCAGAUCCCGAUGAUCAUCAAGGACGACAACGAGAGCUCAUCAAUGAGAUUGAAGAAGCGCGCAGAGAGCUAGAGAAGGAGGGCAAAGCAGAGAAGAGGGGAAGCAAGUUUGGAAUAUUCGGCCGGCGCAAGAAGGGAGAACGGCAGGAAUGGGAGAUUUACGAAGAUUCAGGCAAGGGCCCAGCCAAGGAUGAAAAGAAGACUGAAGGCAGCGAUGGCAGCAAUUACGGCGUGCUGUUUGACAUUGACGCCAUCCGAGCGGAGCUGGCCAAGGAGGCCGAGAAUGAUGGCGGGGAGGAGAUUCAAGUGAAGGAAAUCAAGUCGACGCUUCCACCGAUGAAACUCGACUACUCGCCAGUGACUUCUCCAAGUACGCCGGUGCGAGGAGCGACCCUGGGGCCACGGGACUCAUGGCAGACGUCAAAGAGCGCCGAAGUAUUACCAAUACGUUCCUCGAACGGUGGUUACAGCCCGCGUGAGCCGCCGGCAACGACGACGACGCUAGGAACGCCCGCAGCACAAUCGCCAGCAUUACGAUCGCCGUAUCACUAUGAGCCGAACCCGCACGAAGAGGAGGAGAUCUCCAUGACGUUUGACACAUCUUUCCACGAGCCUGUUGCCCGGCGCCACUCUGCGUUUGAUGAAGGGCCAAGUAGGCCGGAAAUUAAGACGACGAAUACGCUACCAACUGCACCAAAUGUUCCAAAUCCAUGGAAUGAUUUGGAUGAUGAUGAGUUUGGCAAGGAGCAAGAGAUUUCCAUGACGUUUGCGUAA